AUGUUACUAGAAGAAUUAAAUCAAGUCAAUAAUCGUAUCGAUGAAAAUGAAAAAAACUUAACACGAAAUAACAUCGUUCAAAAUAAUCCAAGUCACACAUUCAAAAGACAUCUAACUUCGACCAGUCAAUAUGGUGAUGAAGAAAAUGUAUUUCAACCUAAUGAACAAAAUGAAAAUGAGGAAUUUAGUACAAUAAAUAAAAACAAUAAACGCAAACAAAGACGUACCAAUGGUUACAAUGAAAAUAAGAACAAUGACGAUGAUAUACGAAUUAUCGAACCAAACAUAGAACCAUCGAAGAAAUCAAACGAGAAAUACGGACGUAUGUUUCUAAAUAGUAAGAUCAGAACGAGUAAUAUUGCAAACAAUGAAAAAUCUUAUCGUUCUACUUACCAAUACGAUCGUCAUGAUUCAAUAAAUAAUAAUAUAAGUAAUAGAACAACAAAUGAAAAUAAGAACA